AUGGCAUCCGACAAAAAAUUAUAUCGUGAACAAUCUCAAGUAUCCAUUGAUAGUCAUCCUCGUUUUCAUUUAUCUCCUGUACCCAGUGAUGAAGAAGAUGAUGAUGCCGAUGAAGGUGACAAACUCAUGUAUUUAUCAU